GCCGCCCCCUGGCGCCGGCGGCGGCCAGGUUGAGGCGCCGGCCCGGCCGCCCUCCCGCUCCGCCUCCCGGGCGGCGGCGCUCCCGCCCCGUCCCGCCCCGCCCCGCCGUGCCCGUGUGCGCGGGGAGCAGCGCUCCGCUCCGCGGGGCGCCAUGGGGCGGGCGGGCCGCCGGCUGCCCGCGCUGGCAGCGCUGUUCUACGGGGCGCUGGCGGCCCUGGUGCUGCUGGGCGUGCGGGACGUGAUGUUCCUCUACGAGGAGAACCGGUGCAGCAUGACCUACAUGUACGAGUACCCCGAGUACCUGAAAAUAAAAUUACCCAAGAAAACAGCCAGACGAUACCCAGCAUAUGAGCUGUAUCUCUAUGGGGAAGGGAACUAUGCUGAAGAAAACAAAAAUCUCCUAUUGACUGGAAUUCCAGUUCUCUUUCUGCCUGGGAAUGCUGGCAGUUACAAACAAGUACGUUCUCUUGGCUCCAUUGCACUUAGAAAAGCAGAAGAUGUUGACUUCAAGUAUCAUUUUAAUUUCUUCAGUGUCAACUUUAAUGAGGAGUUGGUUGCAUUGUAUGGUGGUAGCCUGCAACGACAGACCAAGUUUGUGCAUGAGUGCAUAAAAGUAAUUCUGAAGUUGUACAAGGAUCGAGAUUUUGCACCGAGCAGUGUAGCAAUAGUUGGCCAUUCCAUGGGUGGUCUUGUUGCAAGAGCAUUGCUCACUCUGAAGAAUUUUAAGCCUGAACUUAUAAACCUGCUCAUUACACAAGCCACACCUCACGUUGCACCUGUAAUGCCUUUAGACAAAUAUCUUACUGAUUUUUAUACAGCUGUAAACAAUCACUGGAUUCUAAAGGCCCAAGAUUUAAGAAAUUUAACUACCCUUUCUGUGGCGGGAGGAUUCAGAGAUUACCAAGUUCGUUCAGGACUGGCUUUUCUACCAAGAUUGAGUCAACAUGACAGUGCCUUAUCUGUUGUGAGCUCAGCUGUGCCUAGAGCUUGGGCCUCAACUGACCAUCUCUCCAUAGUGUGGUGCAAAGAACUGAUCCUGGCUACCAUUAGAGCUUUUUUUGAUCUCAUAGAUGAAAACACAAGGCAGAUAACUGACAAUCCAAAGAAGAGAAUGUCUGUACUGAAUCACCACUUUGUGAGACACCCUGCAAAGAUGUAUGAGGAAAAUCCUGAAGCUUUUACACACCUCACAGGAGCUUUCAGUUGGAUUACAGUCAAAGCCUCAAAAUGGACUUACUCAGUUUACAAUGAUUCUGAUGGAAAAUAUUUCGCAUUUCCUCUUGCUAGCCACAGAAAAUCAUUCAGUCAUGUUUUCUGUGAAAAUAGUAUGUUGGACACGAAUAGCUGGAUUUAUGGGUGCAUGAACACUAAUUCAUCAAUGUGCCUGGAAGCUGCUGAUUUAUCCUGGAGAGCUGAGUUACUUCCAACCACCAAGGUUGUAAUGCUGAAACUUCUGGACUAUCCUUCUUUGUCCCACAUUGUCAUUCAGGUACCACCUGCAGUUGGCAAUAAGUAUACUUUGGGCUGUGAAUUCUUCAAAGAGGAUUCCAGAACAGUCCAGCUCCCUGUAACACAUCUUUUUUCAUUUGGGUUUUCUUCAAGCAAAAUUCUAUUAAAUUCAACUGGAUUGCUUUACAAUGUACAGCUCCAGCACUUCAACCAAAUAUAUCAAGCUUUCAAAAUUUAUAUAGACAGUCACUGCCAGUCACUCAAAGAAAGAAAACCAAGUGUUUACAGACUUCAUAUCCCCUGGUCAUAUGAAGACUCAAUAACUGUAGCAAAAGUUCCAUCUCUUGCUGAGAUUUCUGCCAAACUGCACACUGCUCAGCCUCACAGUGACAGCAGCCUUCCAGAGUUAAACAUCUACUCUUCCCCAGACUGUCAGUAUGAAGUAAUUCUGAAGACAUCACUUCUACAGGUUCUUGGGCAAAUAGUAAGGUUCCAUGCUGGUGCUUUUCCAGUCUAUAUUGUUUCUAAUAUUCUACUUACUUAUGGAGGACAACUGAGCACAUUGAGAGCAACAGGCCAGUGUUCAGACUUCUCCCUCGAACUAGUUAGGACAGCAAAGCCCUACAAAGCAGAACCUCUUAUAAGCAUUGUUGUGUUUCUGCAGGGGUUUAACUGGUUUAGAGAGAUAUGGGAAUCACUGUCACUACCAGAGGUGGAUGCUGCUGUACUGAGUAGUCAGGAUGCAUGGUUCCCCCUUGUGUCCCUGAUUCUAUUUCUUUUUGGGACAGGCAUUGCCUACUGGAGUGGAGUAUUUUUCUCUACAUCUCUGAGACUCUUCUCUUCAUUAUGGUUAACUCUGAUUAGACCUCCUGAACUUCAGAAAGAUAAGCUGAUUACACCCAGCAGACUCUGUGGGAUGAUAUCUCUUGCUUUGGUUAGCUGGACCACUUGUGGUGCACUUGCUGUGCUCAUUAUUUAUCUUCAGUACUUGUUCAAGGUUGUAAAACUGCAUGUAACUGUAAGAGCAAAACAGACCGUGCACAACAGGGAUUCAGGCCACUCAAAAGAAACUUCACAGAACUCCAGUACACACACAGCCAAAGCCCAGAGUUCAGUGGACAGCAUUCCAGAAGCAACACAGUCUCCUUCUAACAGUAAAACAGUUGCUGAAGCUGUUAACAGUCUUAAGAUGCACAUUACAGUCCUUAAUUUAUUCACGUGGAUUGUGCUGCUCAACUUGCCAUCUUUAAUUUAUUGGUUAAAAAAUCUCAGGUACAAUGUUAGACUUGAUCCUGAUCCCUGUAGAUCCACAGCUAUUAUCCUCGUCUGCAUCUUAGAAAUUCUAAUGAAUUCAAGUACUUCUGAAGUGAAAUCAAGUAAACUCUUGAAGAUUGCAGCCAAAGUUCCACUCCCUUUGUCUGUUGCAAUGCUGGCCUUUGGACGAAUGCAUUUAUACAGAGUCCCACACUUUGUAACCUUUUCUCUUCUUCUACAUGUGCUGUGCUGUUUUGUGUGAUGUUCAUUCUAUAUAGGACAAUGCACCCUAGAAACUUAACACUGGAGAUGGGAAAAAUUGCAUCACAGAAAUGCCUAAAUUAAUAUGAUCAGUAGUUUACAUUACGUGGGAAAGAGGACAGAACUGUGAAUACUUUACAGAAAAUUCGUGGUUUUAUUAAUAUUGCUUAGAAAACUUUUCCUGGUGUUUAUUUCAUGUCUCUGAAAAUGGAGUUACUUAACUGUGUAUAAGCACAUUAAUCAUAUCAGUGCAACAUCUCAAUACUCUGCCUUGUAGACACUUUGGUAUUUCACUUUACUGCUUUGUGGAAACAGACCUUUUUUACUCACUGUGCCAUGCAGUGUCUGUGUUCUGAACUUGCAUUUUGUGCAGGUCCGAAAUAUGCUGGUUUAAACUCAAUACAUUUCAAGCACACUGUGACUAUCACAAAAACCACACAGCCAAGUAUACUUUGAAUUAUUUUAUGUUACAUUCAAAAGCUGCCACAUUUGUGUCUAGACAAACUAGAAUGUACUGCUUAUAUAGAACUGUUAUUUCUAUCAAAUCAUUUGUUCAAUCAGCGUGAGUUGAACAUUUGUGAGAUUAUUGCAAGUCUUACACAUUUUACUUCUUGUGAGAGUGAGAAGACAACAGUAUUCUAUGUAGCUUUCUAUUCAGGAAGGAUACCAGCAGAUUCAUAAACAGUUUGCUGUAAUGUUGUUUUAAAACAUUGACAGUUUUCUCUGAAAUUUUGAAAUUAAUCCUUGGACUUUGUCCAUAUGUAGAAGCUAGCAAAAAUUGAGAUAUGCUGUUAACAGUGCAGUUGCUGCACUCUUUCUAAGUAGACAAGGCAGGCUUUUUUCCUAUUUUAAACAGAGAACCAGCCAUCUCCUAAUAAAUACCAAUACAUAAAGUGAAUGGAAUAGUUACAACCCUGCAAGCUCCUGUCCUGCCAUACAGUGCUAACUUCUGCAUGUGGGCAAACUCAGUAACAGUGGGAAACACUGACCAUAAUUAAUUAGCUCUGUAUAAAUUUUAUCUUAGUGCCUAGAUGCUACAGUGACUGCCAUUUAUAAUAAAGCCUACAAUAGCUAUGUGUAAGGAAUUCUGUCCCCUGGGCAUGUGUUUUGCCAACAGAAGAAAUCUCAGCAGUCUUUAGGUUUAAAUGAUGUAUUGAUUCUGUGUAGAGAUGAGCUUACUACUUGCUUCUGUGUUAGCUGUCUCUGCUGUGUCUCACAUACCUGUUACCUUCAGCUGGAAAUACUAGACCAACUCAAUCAUCUUAUAGGAAUACCAAGAGGAAAUCUGCUGCUCGCAGUCAAUCAAGUAUACUCUUGAUACAGUAGUACAGCCAGCCUGACCCAUUAAUUCCAUCAUAUCUUAAUAAUCUUGCCUAAGUGCCUCAGUUAUUUCUAAUGUGUUGUUAGGGUCAAUUCCUUUGAGCUGACUGGAAAGACUCAAUUCACACAGUGACUUUCCAAAAUGAAGGACAAACGGGAAGAAAGCCACGUGUGUUUUGUUUGCUUAUAUCCAUGUCAGCAGUUCAAGUUAUUAGUAAGUCAUUAAAAGUGCUGUAACUGAGUAAGGGUAUUGUAGUUAGCCUAACCACUGUCACUGUUAUCAGUAAUCCAUGUGCUGAUAUUCUAGUCUUAACCUUUUCAAAAAGAAGGUUGGAUUAUAUAUUGUGUUUGUAAAUCAGAAAGUUAUUUGAAUAGAUUAUAUCUUGAUAUUUUCUAAUCAAAUGUAUGCUACAGUAUAUGUAUAUAAGAUAAUUUGUGUGACUUACUGUACUUGUAGCUAAAUGCACCAGUUGGUUUAACUAGAAAUUGCUGUUCAGAGAAAGAAUAGAGUAGUUGUACUUGCAAAUGGCUGUGAAUGAAAGAUGGUGGCAGAACUGCACUAGUGCUGGCAAAGGCUGUGAAAUGUGCAGGGUCUGAUUUCUGUGGAAGAUUGUUUUCCUUGACUUUUGUGGUCCAUUUGGCUUAGUACUCUAUUUUACUUCUGAUUUUGUUUUGCCACCUUAACAGGCUCUUUCUGCAUGAAUCCAUUUGUUGGAACUGCUGGAAAUGAAACAGUCUCCAUAUUUAGUAUCUUUCAUAGGUUUCAAAAUAUGCCGUAAAGUGAAACCUACUGAAUUACAGCAGCAUAGGAUAACACUUUUUUUUAUUUUUUUUAUUUAUUUAAUGAUUUUUUUUUAGCUGGAGUUCUGUUGAUGAUUGUUAGAACUCUCUUCAUAAAGUGGGUUUCAGUAUCUUGUGUAUUUUCCUGCCUGAUUUUUGGAGGUAGGAACAGGUAUAAUCCUGAGUCUGAGAUCCCAGAUGACGAGAGUUUUUCACAUCUCCCUCAUCACUCCCUUUUCUCAGAGAUGGUUUAGCUUUAGUGGGGAAAGGAGGAGAAGUCUGACUCCUAUUUUGAAUUUAAAUGCAUUGUGUGCCAUUUAAUAGAUUUAAACUGUUGGCAGGAAUGUGUGUCUGGAUUGUGCAGUGAUCAUGGACUGGACAACUUCAGCUGUUUGGCAGAUUAGGAGUCUAAUCCCAAUUAGAUUUGCCAUACAAUCAAUGGAUGGUAAUAGGAUUAGAACAAGUCUUAGAAUUCAUCCCAUUCUGAGAGAGGAUGAAUUCUCCUACUUGUCAUUCUGAAAAGGACUAGAUUUUGUAACAGUCCGAGGUUGUUUUUCAGGUAAAAGACAAUGAUUGUUUGUUGUUACUUUUGGACAAGAAGCUUCUGUUAGGUGAAUCUAUAGUACUGCCACUGCUCAAUUAUCAUUUCAGCAGAAACGUAGGAUAACCCUAUAUAUAUAUAUAUAUAUUGUUAAUUGCAUAUAUAAGGAGAUGUAAAUAUUACUGAAAUAUCCUUUAUUAUGAGUGGGCUGCAUUUAUAAAACAGCUUUUGGCAAAUACAUUAAUAAUGUCUCUUACUACCUUUAAUUACAUAAAAAUUCCACUUUAUUCUUCACAUUUUAGAUUAUCUAGACCAUGUGGGAAGAGACCAAGGCACAAAUUGUAAGGGUUUAGACCUCAGGAUGCAUUCAAAAUAAGAACUAUUUAUGUGGAUCUAAUAUAAUUUUUUAUAAGCUAUCAGAAACAGAAUGAGGAAACAGGGUAAGAACUUAAAAUACUAAAUGCCACUAACUUUUGGUACAGCAGAAUCUUUCUUUGACAGGGAGAGAUUUAAUGAGAAGCUUUUGGUGAUAACUUCAUACCGUGAAAUUACUCUGGAAAUGUGUAAUCUCUUCUGCUUGAUGUCAUCAGACACGUUCCUCACAGUCUCAUCGUGCUGACACGUGUAGCUAACACUUCAUAGAAAGUCUCUGUGUCUGAUAAGGAAGAACUCGCAUCUUCACUGGUAUUACCAAAUGUACCUUGGAACUGAGUGAAUUAAUGUUGUCCAAAGCUAAUCUUCUCAGUUGUGAUUUAAAAGUUGCAGUGGGUCACAUUUCAGCAUCCUGUUGAAAGAGGAUUGGUUUGGGGGUUCUGGUGGGAGGUUUCUCAGUAUGUUUUAUUUCCAAGAAACCUGCAGUAAGUGGAAUUUAAGUUAAUAUUAUUUUUGACUUUUAGAGUUCUGCCCUGAUUCUGGUUUUGAGUGAACUAAUUCAUGUAGCAAAUCAUUCCUUAUUCCCUAUUUUGCUACGUUUCAAAACAAAUGGAUGAAUAAUGACAAAACUGUAAGCAGUGCAGUAGCAAUACAUUGCAGAAGGCAUAGAGACUGCUGGUAUGCCUAAGUGAAUUUUUCAUCUUUAACCUAAUUGGACUAACUUUAAAGUCAGUGACUGAUAAAAUAAAAUGUAUUGACAUUUAACCUCAAAAGCAUUGCAUAUGUCAGUGUUUGAUACAUCUCAUUUUCCAUGUGUUUGCCAGUAACAAGUGAUGAACCCACUUGGUGUUCUUCUGAAAUCUGAUAAAUCUGAUCCAUCUGACAGCACAGAAUAAAGUCUGUUAUGUAGUCAUUAAUAAAUGUAAACAUUUCAGAAACUUUCAUUUGAAUCAAGUUAUUUCAAUACAGGGUUGAGUGUGUUUAGACUUCUGUUGUAUUUAUACUGAGAUAAAACCAGCCAUUUACUGACCUUUAAUACUCUGAGCUAUGAAAAUGUUUUUGGAAGUGAUUGUGGAGUCUGUACAGAACUGUGCUGCUGUUCUAAGUCACUAAGGUACUAGAAAAUUGUUACUUGUAAAGUAGACUGAAUUCUUGAUGCUUAUUUUCCAUUUAAUGUUUUAAUGGUGAACCUUUCUCACUUAAUUUACAGCUUUGACUUUUUGCAUUUUUUUUUCUCGGAGAUAAUCAGGCUAGCUUUUGUAAGCAUUUAGCACUGUAAAAUAUAAAAUUUUCAUCACUGUUCUUUUAGGGGAGACAUACUUUUGUCACUAAAGCUACAUACUGCUGUUGUAUAGCCUUUAGGAAAUGUGUGACAAUGGAGGACAAUUCAAAAUUAGUUUGUUUUUUAUUUUAAAAAACAAUUUUUACCUUUUUUUCAGAGCCAGAAGUUUGAACUAGAAUAUUAGAAUCCAUCAAGUCUUAGAAAACUGGAAAACCUGUUGCAAAGAUUAUACUUUCUGAUGUAUAUUUUUAUUUAUGGGUGAACGUGUUCAAAGCUUUUAAUCAACUCAUCUAUCCUCAAACUCAAGUUAAAAGUAUGCACUUUGUCUUAUUAAUAGACAUUGCUGCUUUUAAAAAUUUUAAGCAUUUAGAGAGAAAAUUCCGUAGCUCUUACUUGAGCAAAUCUGCCCAGCCCUCAAUUUUUCAGGUGUCUAAGCACAUAACUGCCUCAAAUAUGUGCUUUUUGCCUUGUAGAAUGAAAACCUGAACUGUGAUAUUUUGAAUUUAUUUUCUUAAGUUGUAAAGUUUCUUUCUGCAUUUUUAAAGUAGACAGAUUUUGCUAUUCAUGCUGUCAUCAACAAACCUUGUAAGCAUUUCCUCUCUACAGUUACUGGCAGCUUGUGCUCUGGAUUCUGUAGGAAUGUGUGUGCUGUCAGAGCUGAGUUUGUCUCUAAAAACCAGGAGUGGUGAACAUCAUAAUAUUUAUUAUCUGUGGCACAUCAUUGCAGGUCCUCCUUGCACAUGCAGCUCUCUCUGGUUUGCAGUGUCCCUGCCCUGAAGUGCCAAGAGGAUGUUCCCAGAACAGUGGAACUAGGACUGACCUGGCUGGAAGUGCAGCAGCUGUGUCCUGUAGAUUCCUUCUGUUUGUUGAAAUACCAGCCAAGACUGUUUUCCCCCUGCAACUUCAGUAAUUUCAGGGUAUAUCUAAGUAUCAAAGUGCAAGUGUGUUGAUGUUUAUUUUUACAAAAGGCUAUGUGCACUAUUUUAGGAUCAAUUCAGGCUUCAGUAUUUUCCACCCACUUCAGUCUGAGUUUGGAAAAAGGAUUUGAGACUGCAGCACCUGACAGCUGGAAUACUUUACAGAAGUCUACAGGUAGUAGACAGGACACUUAAUUAGAGUGCCAGACCAAAACUGAAAUGUGAAAUUCCUCACUGUGACUUUAAACUUGUAGCUUUCUAGAGAGAAAAAAAAUAGAUAUAUACUGUGCCUUAAACCAGUAAAUGAAUACACUCUAACUGUAGCCUGUGGACUUCUGUAGCCUUAUAUUUGAUUUUUGGAGUUGACCAAAAAUAUUUGUGUGGAUCAUACUGAAACUUGAUUUGGGGAAAAUGCAUAAAACAAUUAUUUUGACCCCAUUUUACACUAAGAGAAAUGAAGAUUUAUGACAAAUACAGCAUACUUUUUGUUUGGAAUCACACCAACCAAAGUCAGAAAGCUUUAGCUGACCUGAAUUUUUCAAGCCUUUCUGUUGUGACCAGAAGAAAGGAAGGAAAACUAGUCACAGAUGUAUGUCUCAGCCUUGAAGUCUGUGUGUCAAAUUAUUUUUAAACAUUUUGAUCUUUAGUCCUCAAAAAAACAAAUAAAAAAAAUCUCCUCUUAAUUUUAGUUUAAGCAAAAUACUGUAUUUAAGCCAUUAAAUAGCAAAAUCUUCACUGGUGUGAGAAGAAAACUAGUCAGGGGCGGAGUUGAUUGUUUGUGUUAAGACUCCAGAAGUUUUGAAUAUUAAAUUUUACUUUUUAGGAAAAAUAGUCACAUGUAAAUCCCUGAAAAUUCUCAUGUAGAUUCCCUUCCUUUAGAGAAAAAAAAUUACACUUGUUUUAUCUUAAGUCAUUAAAGAAAACUAGAAAUACUUAAGAUCUAAGAAUCUUGUUUUAAUAUAGUAGAAGGAUUUCUUACGUAUAUUUUUAAUACAAAGAGCUCAGGAAAAGCCACUGCUGGCUUUUCUUAUUUGUCUCUAGAGGAUUCUUUGUGUGUUUUGAGCAAACCCCCCAAAUUCUGAUUCCCCCCUCCCGUAUAGCACUGAACCUUGGAAAGUGAUGCCAACUCGGAGCUUAUUGUUGUACUGGGGGUAUUUAGACAUGCACACAAACAACUGCCUGUCAGCUGGUCACAGAGCUGGUUUGAAGCAAUUCACAGCAAAGUUAUAAAACAUUUCCUUUCACUGAGCUCCAGCUGCAGUCUGGGUGUCACAGUGCUGCUGCUGCUGCUGAGCACAACACUGGACACACCAUCUUUGUGUCUUCCCUGCUGCUUAAACUCAUUCCAGUCACCUCACUUUUUAUUCUGUGGUGAUGUUUCAGCACUCCUGGCCAUUGGUGAUUUUCUAGCCACUGGAAUAUUUUAGUAUUGAAACCCUUGAGAAGGUAGAACUACCUUUAAGGCCUUUAUGUAUGAUGAUAACUCGAGAGAAACUGUGUAACUUGACUCCCCGCUGACUUUUAAUUGUUUUUUCAAGCACAAAGACAGAAUAAUGUUGGCCAAAAUACCUGGUUUGGGUGAUUAGUGGGGAGGGAAGGAUUUGCUGGUUGUAAAAGGACUUAAAACUUUGAAGAAAACAUGUAAUUUUGGGGAAAAUCUUAUCACUUCUCAAGCAAUCUGUCUUAGAAGUUUUUAACUCCUCCUCUGUUUUCAGUUAUUAUGUAGCUACCAUAAAUUUGAUGUUGUACAUGAACGAACUCUUAAUAUUUACAGGUUUUUAGAGAUGUUGACAGGGUCUUAUCUAUAAAUGCUUCAAUAAUGCAAAUCAUUGUGCUUAUAAAAAUGUUUAGAUCUAAGUUCUUACAGAUCAUGUCAUGUAUCAUAAACUUCGGCGAAGUCCUUGUCUUGUGAGAUGCUGAGAAAACCUUGGAGAAGAGGUAUUUUCAGAUGAUGAUGUAAUUACUGAAAUAUGAAAUCUCAGUCUUUAAAAACUGCAUUUAGAUACUUUUUUGUUGUAGUUGAGGGCAACUUCGUUGAGAGCUGCUCUGGGAUGUUCCUGUAUUGUUUCCUGGUUUCCCUGGCUGCAGUGUGUACUUCAAUUUUUUUUUUUUUGUCUUUUUUUUUUUUUUUUUACAUAAGUGUGCAUGACUUUAAGUACAUUGUAUAGCAAAUCCCCUGCUAAAGAAACACUUCUGUCUAUUUUUGUAUAGUAUUCCAACGUGCUUGCAUUGGUACAAAAGGUUGUAACUCACAAAAAGUGCCACUUGCCAGUGCUGCUGUGUGGAGUGUUGUGUUACCUGUACGCUGUUGUACAAACACGCUGAUGAGUGUUGUGAGCAAUGUUUGCCUUUAGUCUUGCCUCAGGUACUCAUGUGGAGCAGUUUGGUGCUUUUCCUUCUGACUUGUAAUACUUGGGAUUCUAAGCAGAAAAUAAAAGUAGUAAACAAAAA